AUGCUCAACCAGCAUCAGCAUCAGCCUCCGUCGUCAUAUUUGCCAUACACGCCUUCAACUUACUUGCAUCAGCGACAGCCGACGCGUGCCUCCCAGCACUCUGCUCCGCCGUUCUCCCUAUCAAGCUCUUCAAGCUGCAGUGGUGGCGGCGUUGGUGGUGGUGGUGGUAGUUCCGUUUUCGCAGGCUCUCCACAGCAGCAUUCCGCGUCGUCCUCUUACACCAGUAGCUACGCACACAAUUUGCCCUCCUUCGAGUCAAGUUUUGGGAUGCUGUCCGCCUCUCGCUGCAGCACCUCGUUCCAGUCGCCGACGGCAUCCACUUCGCUGCCUGUGGUGUCAUCACUAGCCAGCAGAACAGUUCCCGUGUCGCUUUGCAAACCCCCUGUCCUUCUCGCCUCGUCGACGGCUGUUCGCCAUCAUCAUCAUCAUCCUCAUGAUGAAAGUCAAGCCUAUCCACCAGCACCGCCAUCCCGCCCACCACCACUUCCUUCUCCUCCGCCACCGCCACCGCCGCCGCAGCGCCAACCCGCAACCGCUGCCACCUCCAUUAUGGACACCUCACUUGUAAGUUGUCUGGACUUGAAGGCAAGAAUCCUUGCCCUGACUAUCGCAAGAAACUAG